UAAGCUGUGUUCUGUGGGCCUGUGAGACGUGAGUACUGAGUCGUGAGUGUCGUGAACCAAAUCAAAUUUUGGAUAAAAUUGUUAUAGAAAUUAUUAUUCUGACUGCAACUGAAUUCCAGCAAAUAUAAUGAAAUUUUAAAACAAUACAAAGUAUUCACCCUAUUUUGGUCUGACUGUAUAGUUAAUCGUGUAAUUUAUAAAGCGGAGACAAUACCAAAGUGGCGAAGGCAGUUAUCAAGCAUCCGCUGUGAUAAUCGUGAAAAAUUUUAGUGAUAGAGAUCUUUGUUGAGAAAUGCAAGCGAUCAAGUGUGUCGUGGUUGGCGAUGGAGCCGUGGGUAAAACAUGCCUUCUCAUCAGCUACACCACAAACGCUUUCCCAGGAGAAUACAUACCCACCGUGUUCGACAACUACUCGGCGAACGUGAUGGUGGACGGCAAGCCCAUCAACCUGGGACUCUGGGACACGGCGGGCCAGGAGGACUACGAUCGACUCCGACCCUUGUCGUACCCGCAGACGGACGUCUUCCUCAUAUGUUUCUCGCUGGUCAAUCCCGCCUCCUUCGAGAACGUUCGUGCUAAGUGGUACCCGGAGGUGCGGCAUCACUGCCCCAUGACGCCCAUCAUCCUGGUCGGUACCAAGGUGGACCUUCGCGAGGACAAGGACACUAUUGAGAAGCUGAAGGAUAAGAAGUUAGCCCCCAUCACCUAUCCGCAGGGCCUGAGCAUGGCAAAGGAGGUCGGCGCUGUUCGUUACUUAGAGUGCUCGGCGCUCACUCAGAAGGGCCUCAAGACGGUGUUCGAUGAAGCGAUCCGAGCUGUCCUCAUCCCGCCGCCGCCCAUCAAGUGUAAGCGAAAGUGUAGCAUUUUGUAAAGGAAGAAGGUAGUGCAAAAAGAGCUGCAGCAUUGCAAAUUGCGUGAAGAUCCGUCGAUAUUCUGAGAUAUAUUGACUGUGCACAUAUAAUGCAUUCAUAGAUUUAUAAUAAUUCUUAAUAAUCAUUAAUGUAACGUGUAUGUGAUUGAGAUCAUAUGUAACCGCUUCUGUAUUGUCUGUGGAUUGUACUGACAUGUUUCGUUUGUUGUUUAGUAUUUCUUUCCUCUGGGUUGCCAUUGCGAAUGUUAACUUCAGCCUACGCAUUAACACAUUGUAGUUUUCAAUUUAUGUGCCUAAAUUUUGCAAGUUAUUUCUGCCAUCUAAAAAACGUAUUGUUUUAAACUAUAAAUUAAUUCAAAUUACAAUAACUGACUCAAUAUAAGUUAAAUUGGUUUUUCUCACAGAGUAAUAUUAAUAUUGAUAAAAGUAACAAAAAAUUACAUUCACUAUGUUAUAUAUUUAGAGUCUGUGUCAAUAUUUUUUCAUUAAUUUUUUUCGAGUACUUUUAUAUACAAUACUUAACAUGCAUUCCUAAAUAAAUAGAAAGUUGAAUAGUUUUGUUUCUAUUAUUAUAUAAAACAGUUAAAUGUAUUUGUCUAAAGUGGAUAUUACUUGGGAUUGUUGAAUUUUAUGUUAGGCAGAGGUUAUAUUUUUCGAUUAUUGCUUAUUUUUUCUUCCGGUUGUUGUAUAUCAAUAUAGAUUAUAAAAGUACAUUUUCAGUAUUUGCUAAGGAUAAUUGUGUAAGUGUUUGUUUACAUGAAGUUCUAUAAAAAUUUAAGGACAUAUCAUUUACAGCCGAAUAGCGGAACGGCAAAAGUGUGCUUAAAGAUAAUGUAAGCACACUUUUCUUCUUAGACUGGGUUGCAUCAUAUUAGCUGUUAUAUCUAAUGUUUAAGUAAAAUUUAACGUUAAAAGUAACGCUGACGUUAACUUAGACUGCGGAAUGUGUUGCAUCAUUGUAUUCCUUGCUAGUUUUAAAGUUAAAAAGUGAAAUAUCAAGUCUAUGUCGAAUAUAUAUUUGAAACUUUUGGCUGGUUGCUAUUGAGCUACUUAAACCUAGAAAGAUAACGUAAUUUUUUGCUACUGAAAAGAUAAUGAUGCGCCUUAGAGGCGCUCAAUUUUCAAUAUAACUUUUUUAUAGAAAUUUAAUUAAUUUUACUUUUUCAUAGCUUUGUGGAUUGCUACAUUAUUAAUAAGUAAAAAAAACACAAAUUUAAGUUAUUAUUUUUUAUCCAAACAUAACAAUUUACAUACUAAAAAUAAAAUUUUUAGUUUUUUUUUGUGAGUUAUGAAAUUCUCAAUAACAAAAAUAAAUCUAAAAAAAUAUCAAAAUUUUAUGUAGAAAAAGUCAUCAAUUUUAUGUUCACCACACACAGUUUUUUUACAUUCGGUAUACGUUUUCUUAUACAUUCUUUUCUUCUUUGAUGUGCUGCAGUAGUGCCGAAUUUUAACUGGAGGUUCCUAACAGCUUCCAAUGGCACCUUCAGUGGUUUGUGGCAAAAUGUUUUCAAUAUUGUCUCUCAAACGUCUUGACAAAUUAACUAGAGGUAGACACAAAUCUAGAUAGAUUAGUAGUAAAAAGAUUUUUACGCUUACUUACAUUCCGAUAACCUAUCAACAGAUAGCAUUGGACUAUAGCUAAUAAUACAACUAUAUUGGACAUAACUAUGGAUAGAUAAGAUCUUGUUAUUAAACGGUGAUGUCAAAAUAUAUCCGUAAGUAGAGAUACGUUAUUGAAAACGGCCGCUUACCGGCUAAGAUGAAGACGGUUACGGUUAACAGUUAAAGUUAUGGCGUCAUCUAAUUCUAAUCUAAUUGUCAAAUGGUGCAACACAUUUUUUGGUGUACUUUAAUAUGUUUGUUAUUGCUAAAGUUAUUUGGUACAACCCAGACUAAGUCGUGUGUCAGUUGUCACUGUCCGAAUCAAAUCUGAACUGAAUAAUUGUUGUACAUUGCUGCUUAUUGACGAAGCAUAUUUUAAACAACUUGAUUAAAUGCCUGGAGUAAUUUGUGACAUGUUCAAUAUUUCGACUUUGUUUUUAUACGACGUGAUAUGUCUAUAUGUACUGUGUUUCACUAUUGAUAAUCAACCUCUUACUGGCCAAUAAUGAGCUAAUAAUUUUAAAUUUAAAUGGUACAUUGGUAAUUUUAGGUGUUAAUUGUAAAAUUUCGCUAGUAACUACAUGAUCACAUCCAAUAUUUAAUUGGGCCAUGUGGUGAUACAUAUCUUGAGUAGCUGUCCAAGCUCGACUGGUAGAUAAUUUACAUGUUGAUAUCUUCACUUUUCAUACUAUGCUAUUUGAAGGUAAUAUUAACAUAAAAAAUAAUUUGCAUAGUAAUGUUUUGAAAUAUCGAAACCUCGUCUUCUAGCUUAAGUAAAAUAGAUUCUAAUUAUGACGGUCUUAUCAAUGUGUCGUCGUUUAAACCGUUGCCAAAUUUAAAACUUUUAUUAUUAUUAUUAAUUAUUAUUGUUCAUUAUUAGAAGUGAAGAUAUCAUCAUAUCGAUUGUAAUAACUGUUUAUUAAGCUCUUUACAGAAUACGCUACAAUAUAUUAGCAUAUAGUUGAUAGCACAACAAUAUCACGUACCAUACAUUAUUGGGCACGUUCACACUUCACUGUACGAUAUAUUAUUGGCUUACUAUACGCAAGAAUUGAAGUGUCCUCUUCCUCCCCCCUCACCCCCGGCCGUGAAAAGAAUCACAACACGCCUGGACAUGAUUCUGUGCCUGUGACAAUGACCUCUACUAUUUAAUACUGGAGUGGUGGCUGUCAAUGUGCUCUUGUGCCUGUUUGAUAUUCGCCAUUUUGGCGCUGUUGGCCAUGUAGCGAGAGUCUGCGGUACUAAAACUAGUGAUGACAACCUCAACUAAAUAAAUAUCGAUAAGAAAACUAUUUACAAAAAAAAUGUGUACUUUAUUACGUUGAUUCCUGAAGGAUGAAUAACACGGAAAACUACCGAAAUUAAUUCAAAACGCAAUAAUACUUCAGAGUACUAUACGCUUCUCUCGCAGCUGGCACGCUUGGACGCUCGCGAGUGGCGCUUCAAUUAGGCACAAUUUGCUGUCAAACAUAUGGAACAGCCUGUCCACUGGUAUUUAUACAGUUCAGUGGACUGUGAUAAAUGCUUGCGAUCAUAUCGCGUAAUGUUAACGCCAUGCUAUUAUUAUAGCAUUCAGUUAUAUCACAAUAGUAUAGCGUAGUCUGAAAGAGCUUUAUGCAUCGCACAAUUUAAAUAUAGCAUUAGCCGACCGAGUUAAGAUGAACAUUUUCUUUUUCUAUUUUAAUUUCUUCUUAAUACGGUCGUAAUAGGUAGGUAGCAUUUUCGUUGAAUGCAAUACUGGUAUCAAUAUAAUAUUCUAUGUGUUAAAUCGUUUCAACUCCUAUACUUAGCGUCAUUAAGCAUUUGGAAAGGGCCAUACCUAAUUAUAUAUAUAAAAAAAAAUUGAUUUCAAGAUUUAUUGAAAUUUGAAACCUUUAAAUAAAACAAGGCCACAAAAAAAUUUAUUUUAUAAAAAAAUGGACCCUGGCUGUAUGGUAUAAUUUUCGUUGCCUGUUUCGUCUUGAAGUAUGAAAAGGAAUAGACAACUAUUAUAGAAUGAUCCAUCAUUUACCCAUUUCAUUCUAUAGUUUAAAAGUAAAAAUAUUUCUUUGCAUUAUAUGUCCAUCUGCCAUUGUAGUUUUCUUUGUACCGUGAGAACUGGCUUUUGGCCGGAUUCUCAUACUGCGCAGGACUUGAGGAAUGAUUACUUCAUUGAAAUAAUGCUGUAGCGUCGAUUUGCUGAUGAAUAUAUUAUAUCCUUAUAAGUAAUCUUUUUCAUAUAAACUCAAAAGACAAAAGUAUUUUAAUAUUUUGGCUUGUUAGAGAUAAUAUUGUUGGUACUGAAUAUUAUUUCCUUCGUGAAUUCGAGUUAGUCUCAAAAUUAUAUUUCAUAAAUGUACGCGAAAAUAAGUCAGGUCCGGCGAGAGUGACCAAUGUCCUCUAUUUGUCAUUGACGUUUUAACAAUACAGCUAUUUUUCUUUAUCACGGCUUGUGCAAUUGUUCCUGCUUCUUGACAGAUGACAUAACCGUCAUGACUUUUCGAUUGCCACUGAUGAAAAUUCUUUUAUAAAUUUGAAAAUGUGACAGGCUACCGUGGAAAGCAUUAACAGUUGCAUAAAGUUGGCUCGUAGGUAUAAUAAGGUCCUAUUGUAUUGUUCAGAUGCAAAUAUUUAGGAGAAUCAACAUGUAAAUAAUCGUAUUAUGUUAUAUAUUAAAUGGAAUGUGUUAAUGGUGUAACGGUAUUACGCAUAUUUGUAAUUAUAAUUCGUAUGAUAAUAAUUAUUAGCUUUGAACACAAUAUCUUAUAAUAGUUGAAAUGUAUUUUAUAAGAUUUAAACGUUUUAUUUUGCUUUAUUUUUAUUACUUUAACUGUGCUUACUUUUCCGUUAAGAUUGUUCAAUUAAUUAAAAGUAUAUUUUGGAUGGUGUUUUAUUGAAAUUGUUACUUUCGGGCGUAUCUUUUAUUAUUUUAUUCUAUCAGAUUGUUUUGUAGAUGGAAGUUAGCUCUUACCCUACUAAUUUAGGUGGAGUUUAUCAAUUUUUGUAACCCAUGUAUGAAUGUAUGAAUAAUAACUACUUCGAUGUUAGUUUAAUAAAUUUGUUACGCAAACAAUCUUGCUUGUAUUGUCAUUUUGAAAAUAGGGUUUCUUAGUUAAAAAUAUUUUGACCUAAAUUAUUUUUAGUAAGUGGCUUGUUCACACAGCUAUGAAAUGCUCUAGAAACUUUUGUGUGCUGGCAAUACAUGCAAGAUAGGUCUAUUUGUUACUAAUAAUUGUCUAUUGAAAGUAAGUGUCCCCGCUUUGAGUAGUAACAGCUUGUAUUAUACUAUUUUUAUAUGAAUAAAACUUAAGCAUGUAAAAUACAAGUGAACAUAUUCAACUGAAGUGUCGAGUAAUUCUUCCAAAUAUUGUGAAGCCUCUGAAUAAUUCAAAAUAUAUUUAUAUUAACUGUUCAAA